AUGUGGCAUCUGAUAAGGCGGUUUAUUGGAGAAUUUAUGUCUGCCUUCAUUACUAAUUUACCGGCUCUUUUCUUCGAUCAUACCAGAAAGAAUCAACAUUUCGUCAAUGGAAUUUACUCAGCCUCUAUUAUUUAUUUGGCCAUCUUUGUCACUUUUAUCAUAAGUGGAGCCCAAAUAAACCCCAUGACAACAUUGGCUGUUGUUUUAACGCGUAGAAUGUCGAUAGUCUUCGUUCCAUUCUAUCUUAUAGCUCAACUCCUUGGGACUGCCUGUGCGUUAUUGGCUGGAAUUGUACUUUCUCCAUUCGCAAGGAAUUUAACUCAACCUGGCAUGCCUAUGCCAGGUCCUGGGGUUUCUGACGAUCAAGCGAUUAUCAUGGAGAUCAUCAUCACAUUCGUAUUGGAAUUAGCAAUUGUGGCAUUGCUAGAUGAACUUAGAUUGCCAUCAUUUAACUGCCUGAAUAGGAUCAAUGCCUUUGUUUUAUUGAUUGGGGUAUUCUUUUGGAUUGAAACCACUGCCAUUCCAAUAUCUGGAGCCUGCACGAAUCCGGCGCGGUCCCUAGCUGCAUCGCUGAUCAACUUGAGUUUCAAAAGACAAUAUAUUUACCUCAUCGGGCCACCUAUAGGCGCAACUUUGGCAGUUCUAGUUCAGGAAGUAUUCCUAUCACCGGAUGCUUCUUUUGCCAGACUUCGAGCCCUCUUAAACAUUAGAGAACAUUUUGAUCGCAAUAUAUUUCACUCUGAACAAACGCUUCAAACUCAGAACGCUAAUGUGAAGAUUGACUAUUUCAGAAAGUCGUCUUCUGGUUCAUUUACCUCAACCAAGGAGAGCUUUGAGGUCGAUUAUAAUAGGAUUCCCAGAAUGAGAUUACAUUUUCCAAGGUUAUUUAACGCAGUGCUCACGCGAGUUUCAAGCUCCAGUAUUGAAGACCCAGACACCCAACAUUAG